AUGGCGGCCGAACGACAGCAGACGUCUGCGGUCCGACGGGCGUCCGCGGUCGGCCGGUGGGCCGUGGCCGCGGCGCUUUGUCUGGCGGUCGCGGUGUACGCGUGGCACGCGCACUCAGCAUUAGAGCACCGCGUGGCCACGCUGGAGGCCACCGUAGCGGCCAUGCAGCAGCAGUUGUCGGCCGACUAUCCGACGGCGGCCGGGGUCGCGAUGGGACUCGAACAGCCGCUCAGGAACAAGCGGGACGUGACGUCCGGACAGUGUCUCUGCCCUCCAGGUAAGCACGCGGUCACCGUUUAG